AACCGGCACAGCUGUGUGCAACAUAGAACAAGUUAAACGUGCUCAGGAGAUUUACUGUGAAUAGUAAUUCAUAGAUUGUAUUCCUGGGUAAAAUAUAUCGAAAACAAAUGUCGUCGGUUGUCCAGCAUGGCCGACGCACAGGCUCCAGUAGGAGAGAGGAAGGCAACAGGAUGAUCCAGCCACCCGACCUCCAACAAGUCACUGUCUUAACCAAAAGUGAAUGGAUGAGGAUUCAGGAUGAAUUAAACAUGGCUAAUAAAAGCCAGGAGAGUAUGAGAGAGGCAGCCAAACAGAGGGAGGCCUUGCAUUUGCAAUCGCAGGAAGUGGUGAAACUGUGGUCCAAUACCAUCGCUGGCCAAAGGCAAAAACAACUGGAAGCAAAGAAGAUCCGGCAGGAGAUUGAAGAGGAGAAAAGGAAACAGACUGAUAUAGAAGAGGCCAAAUAUCAGGAACAGCAGCGGGAAGAGGCCAUUGAAAAGGCCAAAAAUCUGCUGUUCCAUCAAACAGACCCUGUUAAGGGAUUACAUGGUGCGCUCCUACUGACAGAGGUGCUGAAGGAAAGGGAGGCCCAGAUUGAACUGAAGCAAAGAAUCAAGAAGGCCUCCAACGAUGUCGAAAAAGAAAUACUGAAUAAGAUAAAGACCAGCGAGGAAAAAGCCUCGAGACAGGAGCAGGAGAAAGCCCUUCAGAAGCAGCUUGGGAGACAGGCUGUUGUAGAGGGCCUGAAAAACCAGAUCAAGGAAAACGAGCAAGCGGGAGAGCGACUGAAAAAAGAGAACAAGGAGGACGGAGAGCAAACCCAACGCCUUCGAGAGCUCCACCAGCGGGAGCAACGAGCGGAGGAAGAAAGACGAGUGAAGCUGAGGAGAGACCUCAUGCACGCUCACAUGGAACACAUCCACAAUAAGGAUCUCAUGAAAGCCACAGAGCAACAGAUACAGGAGGCCGAAGAGGAGCAAAGGAAACUGUUCCUCUCUGCAAAACAAAAAAUGAUAAAGCUGCGGAAAGACAAAGAAAAAGAGAUGUUUGGAGAGGCGCAAAUGCACAAAGAGGGGAUCAUGAACAAGCUGGUGGUGUCGCAGCAGGGUAAAACUGCCAGAGAGGAGCAGACGAUCGCAAAGGCUCGCGCUGAGCAGGAGGCGAAGCAGGAGCAGCAGCAGAGGGAGGAGGAGCGGAAGAAGGCCGAGAUGAUGGAGUCCAUCGCUGCACACAGGGAACUUGUGAGGAAAGAAAAGGAGCAGAGGGACAAAUCGACAAAGCAGAACGCUCAGGACGCUUUGGAGGCCAAGAAAGAGGCUGACAGAAUAUUCUCGGAGAAACAACAGCUCAAGGCUCAGAGGGCGAAAGAAGACGAAAGAAAACUUCAAGACUUCCGCGCCGCACAAACGGCAAAAAGAGCCGCCGGGCAUCAGCAGCUGAGACGAGAGGAGCACGAGUUCGCGGCCAGGAAGGCGGAGCUCGCCGCCGAGGAGGAGAGCCGCUUCCAGCGGUACUCGCAGCGCGUCAUUGGGGAGGCGGCGGAGGCUCAGAGGAACGUGUUUCCGCUCUGCAAGGCCGCGGCGGGGGGGCUUGGAGGAGGAGGAGGAGGAGGGGGCCACGCAGCAACCAACAGCUACCUCGUCCAGGACCUCACCGGGGCUCCGAUGCCCAAAUACGUCUCUGCUGCCACCCGGAACGUUAAAAAGCUUUACGAGGCCAAAGACAUCCAGGACGCAAAGAAGAGACUCGGGUUCACUUGGUCAUAGGUCGGCCCGGGCUUCAAUAAAAUCCUGCAGGUGUUUUGAUGUCUGGAAGCCGAUCACUUACGACAAGCGCUUAAUGGUUAGUUAACAAACAGUGAUGCAGCUGCAUGGUUUUCAUACUUGGAAAAUAGGAGCCU